CUGGGGACACACUGCUUGCCUGACAGGGGUCAGGAGGGCCUCUCCUCCCUGUUCUCAGGGCUGGGGGAAAGGGGGCGUCGCGGCGAGAGAGCCCCCGGCGAGGACUGCGACUGAGGCUGUGAGGGCGCUACACUCUUGUUUUGCCUUUGUUUCUUGCCGUUUGUCUGAGGAACAGAGACGCAUCUUAAAACCCACACUUCCCCUUGCAUUCUAUGAGAUUAUAACAAGAUGGAUAUACCAAAUCCCCCAACUUCCAAAUGUAUCACUUACUGGAAAAGAAAAGUGAAAUCUGAAUAUAUGCGACUUCGACAACUUAAACGGCUUCAAGCAAAUAUGGGUGCAAAGGCUCUGUAUGUGGCAAAUUUUGCAAAGGUUCAAGAAAAAACCCAGAUCCUCAAUGAAGAAUGGAAGAAGCUUCGUGUCCAACCUGUACAAUCGAUGAAGCCUGUGAAUGGGCAUCCUUUUCACAAAAAGUGUACGAUAGAGAGCAUUUUUCCGGGAUUUGCAAGCCAACAUAUGUUAAUGAGGUCUCUGAACACAGUUGCAUUGGUUCCUAUCAUGUAUUCCUGGUCCCCUCUCCAACAGAACUUCAUGGUAGAAGAUGAGACAGUUCUGUGCAAUAUUCCCUACAUGGGAGAUGAGGUGAAGGAAGAAGAUGAGACUUUUAUUGAGGAGCUGAUCAAUAACUACGAUGGGAAAGUCCACGGUGAAGAAGAGAUGAUCCCUGGAUCUGUCCUGAUUAGUGAUGCUGUUUUCCUGGAGUUGGUAGAUGCCCUGAAUCAGUACUCAGAUGAGGAGGAGGAAGGGCACAAUGAUACCACAGAUGGAAAGCAGGAUGACAGCAAAGAAGAUCUGCCAGUAACAAGAAAGAGAAAACGACAUGCUAUUGAAAGCAACAAAAAGAGUUCCAAGAAACAGUUCCCAAAUGACAUGAUCUUCAGUGCAAUUGCCUCUAUGUUCCCUGAGAAUGGUGUCCCGGAUGACAUGAAGGAGAGGUAUCGAGAACUAACAGAGAUGUCAGACCCCAAUGCACUUCCCCCUCAGUGCACACCCAACAUUGACGGUCCCAAUGCCAAGUCUGUGCAGCGGGAGCAAUCUCUCCACUCCUUCCACACACUUUUUUGCCGGCGCUGUUUUAAAUAUGACUGCUUCCUUCACCCUUUUCAUGCCACUCCUAAUGUAUAUAAACGUAAGAACAAAGAAAUCAAGAUUGAACCAGAACCAUGUGGCACAGACUGCUUCCUUUUGCUGGAAGGAGCAAAGGAGUAUGCCAUGCUCCACAACCCCCGCUCCAAGUGCUCUGGUCGUCGCCGGAGAAGACACCACGUGGUCAGUGCUUCCUGUUCCAACAUGUCAGCCUCUGCUGUGGCUGAGACUAAAGAAGGGGACAGUGACAGGGACACAGGCAAUGACUGGGCCUCCAGUUCUUCAGAGGCUAACUCUCGCUGUCAGACACCCACAAAACAGAAGUCUAGUCCAGCCCCACCUCAGCUCUGUGUAGUAGAGGCCCCCUCAGAGCCUGUGGAGUGGACAGGGGCUGAAGAAUCUCUUUUUCGAGUCUUCCAUGGCACCUACUUCAACAACUUCUGUUCAAUAGCCAGGCUUCUGGGAACUAAGACAUGCAAGCAGGUCUUUCAGUUUGCAGUCAAAGAAUCACUUAUCCUGAAGCUGCCAACAGACGAACUCAUGAACCCCUCACAGAAGAAGAAAAGGAAGCACAGGUUGUGGGCUGCACACUGCAGGAAAAUUCAGCUGAAGAAAGAUAACUCUUCCACACAAGUGUACAACUACCAACCCUGCGAUCACCCAGACCGCCCCUGUGACAGCACCUGCCCCUGCAUCAUGACUCAGAAUUUCUGUGAGAAGUUCUGCCAGUGCAACCCAGACUGCCAGAAUCGUUUCCCUGGCUGUCGCUGUAAGACUCAGUGCAAUACUAAGCAGUGUCCAUGCUAUCUGGCAGUGCGAGAGUGUGACCCCGACUUGUGUCUCACCUGUGGGGCCUCAGAGCACUGGGAUUGCAAGGUGGUUUCCUGUAAAAACUGCAGCAUCCAGCGUGGCCUGAAGAAGCAAACACAUCAGCGCACACACCCUCACUCACAUAAGCCCUAUAGGCUGAGGCUUGGCUCUCUUCCUCAGCACCUGCUGCUGGCCCCCUCAGAUGUGGCCGGAUGGGGCACCUUCAUUAAAGAGUCUGUGCAGAAGAACGAAUUCAUUUCUGAAUAUUGUGGUGAGCUUAUCUCUCAGGAUGAGGCUGAUCGACGAGGAAAGGUCUAUGACAAAUACAUGUCCAGCUUUCUUUUCAACCUCAACAAUGAUUUUGUAGUGGAUGCUACUCGGAAAGGAAACAAAAUUCGAUUUGCAAACCAUUCAGUGAAUCCCAACUGUUAUGCCAAAGUGGUCAUGGUAAAUGGAGAUCAUCGGAUUGGGAUCUUUGCCAAGAGGGCAAUUCAAGCUGGCGAAGAGCUCUUCUUUGAUUAUAGGUACAGCCAAGCUGACGCCCUCAAGUAUGUGGGGAUCGAGAGAGAGACCGAUGUCUUUUAGCCCUCCAGACCCACACCAGCGCUUACAGUAGCGGCACUGUCUUGGCUUUCAUGCUUACAACACUGCUGCUCAAAAAUCCUGCACUGUGUCUACCACACCAAGAAACCCCCCUAUCCACCCUCUAUAGUGAGGCCUCUGCUUUGUCCAGUGGGCAUAAGACUGUCUCAGUGAGAGGGGAGACAGGCAGCUAGGCCUUGGUCUCCCUGGGGAGAGAGUUGCAGGGGUGGGAGACUGCAUCUGCAUCUCAGAGGAAAUGAGCACAGGCUGGGGUGAGUGACUUAGGUGUGACUUCGUGUCAGCUCCCCAGGCUGUGAGCCUCAGGACUCCACUUAGGCAAUUCCUAACAAGUGUUAGCCUGUGAUUUUAGCUUUUCUAAUCAAGGGUCCUUAUGUAAUUGGGGGGUGCCAGGCUUAUCUCUAUGAUCCUAAGACCUAGAGGGGACAGACUGAGUGAAAUGUGGCCCCUGGAGCCUACAGGUGAUGAGUCAGAGGCCAGCCUGGCACGUAGCACAGAUGAACUCAGAGGGAAAUGGUUCACCUUACCAUCUCUUCCCUCAGGGCAGGGUUCACACUGAAAGAGUAUGGAUUCUAAGUGCGGAUGUUUAAGGCCAGUGUGAGAAAAGCUAUGUGGCAUCCUUCCAUGAGAACAGGCCUGAUGACAGUAAACUGCUAAACCUGGGCCCAGGAAGCCCUGAGAAAGCCUUCUCGGUGUGCUCUGAGGAGAGAUGGGUUAAGUGUUGUCAGAGACCUGGAAAGAGGUGUCAGCACUCCUGCUCCUUCCAAAGCUCUGAGUAAGUGGCUGCAGUGGAUGUUAGGCUGCCACUGAAGAAGUUUCAGAAGGUGUGUCUGGCAAAGUGUGAGCACCUGGGCAAGGUGUGAGCCUGGCAAGGUACGAGCACCUGGGCAAGAUGUGAGCCUGGCAAAGUGUGAACACCUGGGCAAGGUAUGAACCUGGCAGGGUGUGAGCACCUUGAUUUGCUGGAUUUGUAGUUUUUCCUUGGCCUUCCAUUCUCCAUAGAGGGUAGGCCUAAGGGCUUGUGUUGUUUAUCUCUUCAGGGUAGGGAGGCACAGGCCUAGACUAGAGAGGGCAAAGGUCAUUGGUGUGAUCUACUUUCCUGUCUGUAGCACCUGCUGUUUGGAAAGGGUGAAUUAGCAAUAUGUGUUUGGAGAUGGGUGAGGGGCUAAAUUGCACGCAUUUAGGAUGGCAUCACAUGUGUGGGGCACACUGGUAGAGAGUAUUUGAAGAAGCAGGCAGAACACCUGUCCUGUCUGUGGUGCCAUUUCUCUGGGAUUCAUGCAGAGCAAAGCACUUUACUAUUUCUUUUAGAAGGUCUAUAUAUUGGGGUGGAAUUUGCGCUAAAGUCUCCCAAGGUCUCUGCUCCUGAGGGAAGGAGAAGAAGGUGUGAAAGAUUCUCCUCCAGUCUUGCCUUAUCUCCUGGAGGAGGCAGAAGGAGCUGGCUUGACAUAGAAGAAAUUAACAAGAAUGGGGCCAACAAGAGCUGCUGCCCUGUGUCCGGGGCCUGUGUGCUGAGCUGACAGGGAACAAUUGGCAUUAUGCUGGGUGGGAAGGACUCAGGCAGGUACAGACCAGCCUAGGGAGUAACAGAAUAGGGAACUGACGUCUCUCUUCUGGGGAGUCUGAGCCUCUCUUCCCUGGUCUCCUCUGGCCAUUUCCUUCCUCCCACCCUGCUGAGUGUCUCAUGAAGAGAGAAAUAGGGUUCCCCUGUGGCCUAGCUGUCUCUAAGGGAUUUGCAUGGGAUGUGCACACACACACUCACAUACUCCUACUCGCCAUUCUGGUGGGCACACAUGCACCCUGCACCCAGCACCUGCCCAGCCUUCUCCCUCCCAGUGGGGCCAGCACCCAGCUUGAUUCUGAAAUCUACAUCUGCUGUGUUCAUUGUAUGUAUCAGGGAGACCCUCAAGCUGGACUGGGGGCUCUGAAUUACUCAUAAAUUAUAGUGGGGAACUGAGACAGAUGAAGUGAAGGAUUAGUCCCAUCUGAAAUGCCAGGGGCUGUCUGUGAGGAGUGUGAAAGUUGUUUUUUUUUUUUGUUCCAUCCUUUGAGAGGUUGGACUGAUCCCAUGCUCCCCUCAGUGAGCAGAAUCACUGUGGCCAAGCCCUCUUUUCCCAGUUUCAGACCACUAAUCCUUCUGUUCCUCCCAUCCUUUGUCCCUGCUGUCCCCUAUCUUUAAUGACGGGUGUCAACCCCUCCCCCCAUAGGUAAUGAUGGAUGGAGCAAGGUGGUGGGGCCUGGGGGAGGCUGGUGUUAUGUGCGGCUUUGUUGCCAGUGAAUUUCACGCACUUUAAAGUCCUGUGGCUUGUGAACCUCUUAUCUGAAUAAAGUGUUAGAAUCCA